AUGGGAAAUAAUAACAGUCGAGUGAUCAAUAUUAAUUUGGAUCGUUUAGAAGCAGUUUAUUAUGGCAGUGAAACUAUAUCUGGAAACGUUAGUAUAUAUACGUUAAAGGAUAAUAAUGUUGAUGAUACGAAAAACACAAGACUUGAGAAUGUUAAUCUAAUUUUAUUAGGCGAAAUUAGUUAUGACGGUGAGCAUUCAAAUAAUGCUGGCACAUUUUCUAUACCCGUUAUUAGUGCAAAAGUAAAAUUACCUGUAAUAAAGGAGAAGCAAGAACACUAUUGUUGUUUAUUUCAAAUAAACCUCGAUGAUGAUUAUUUACCACCAACAUUAAAUGAACCUUAUAAAUAUCCACAUGUUCGAUAUUAUUUAAAAGUAAUAGUUAAUGAUGAAAAAUCUUAUGAAAAAUCGAUUACAAUUUUUCCAAUUGUAAAAAUUCUAGAAAAGUCUUUAACAUCAAUAAUUUAUGGUGGAAAUAAUCGUAAAGAAAUGGAAAUAAAAGGUACAUUGAACAAAUUAGGCUACAUUCCUGGCGAAACGAUAAUAUCAAAAAUAGAAAUAAAAAAUCCUCGAACUAUACUAUUAAAAUACAUUGAAAUAUUUCUAAUUGAAUAUUAUCAAAUAGGAGUAGGACCUAGUCAUAAUGAAAAUAUACUUCAUAUAGUAUUACCGGGAAUAAUGAAUACAACAAAUGAGUUUAUAUCAGAAACAUUUUCCGUUUCAAUACCAGCAUAUAAACAUUUGUGUCCUUCAUAUGAAAAACGGGAUGGUGGCCGUGUUCACGUUUAUCAUGUCUUAAAAAUUCAAUGUAAAAUCGAAGGAUUGUGUUCAAAUAUUAAUAUUACAAUUCCAAUUAAACUGGGUACUGAACUGCUACAAGAUGCUUAUCCUCCCAGUUACGAUGUCAGUGAAAAGAAACAAAUUAUGCGUCGACGAAAAGUUGUCGACAAAAUAACCGGUAAGAUAUUCUUUCGACAAUCAAGUGUUGACGAAGUGGAGUCAACAAAAAUUAGUCGACGAAUGAUAGACAUAUCGAAAUAA